UGAAGUGUCAUCCCCGAAGAGCAGCCACCAUGUCCCCACGACGAUGGGCUGUCACUCUGAUCUGGGUGUGUACCUGUGUCAUUCUCCAGCUGCACUGUGUGACUGCAGAGGACAAAUGUGUUUUCCCAUUCAAAUAUAGAGGCAAGCAGUAUUUUGAUUGCACAACGCAAAACUCUCUGUACAAGUGGUGUUCUCUCACUGACGAAUACUCGGGAGCGUGGAAGUACUGUACGAAUGAGGAUCGCGGCUCAUGUGUGUUUCCCUUCAUCUACGACGGCCAAGUUUUCCAUAAGUGCACAAGCAAGGGCAGUUUUCAUAAGAAACUUUGGUGCUCUCUGACACGAAACUAUGACCGGGAUAAAGCUUGGAAAUAUUGCUAGACUUGAGGAAACACAGUGCAGAAGAGGUGAGACAAUGAGGGCUGAG